CAAUUCGAAGAUUUAUCAAACACAGGCGUCUCCGAGGAGAUUCAAAUCAUUCCACUACACAAAUCAAUUGGUGUUUGAUAAUUUUGAUUCAUUAAUCGCUGUCCAAAUCCAAAUACAUAUCCUUCAAUCGCCAAACUGUAUUAUAUAUCGCCGCCUACGGUAUUUCUUCGCAAUUCCCAAAUAUAUUUUUGAAUGAAGCUGCCGCAGUGUCUUAUGAGUAAUAGUAAUAAUGCAAAUGGCGAUAUGGAAUCUUAUUUUCCGAUUAGGCCAGAGUGCAAAGAAGAUGUUCCCAAGACCCGAUUUAAGCCCAAGGUUGGAAAAACUUUAAGUGAAAGGAGAUGGAAUGCUGCAUUUGAUCCAGACGGUCGUUUGGAUAUAGCAGGUGUGCUUAGGAGGAUACAAAGAGGGGGCAUUCAUCCAUCGAUUAAAGGGGCAGUCUGGGAAUUUUUGUUGGGUUGUUAUGAUCCCAACAGUACCUCUCAGGAACGAGAUGACCUCAGGCAAAAGAGGAGGGAACAGUAUGCUUCAUGGAAAGGGCAAUGCAAAAAGAUUGCACCCGUUGUUGGUAGCGGGAAGUUCGUUACGACACCUAUAGUUAACGAGGAUGGAACACCAGUAGAAGACAGUGGAGUUGUUAUGCCAGAAUCUGAUGCUGAUUCAGACAAGAAAGUGAGCCAGUGGUUACUGAGCUUGCAUCAGAUAGGUCUGGAUGUUGUACGCACGGAUCGUCCUCUUGUAUAUUAUGAGAAUGAAGCUAAUCAGGCCAAGCUCUGGGAUGUUCUUGCUAUAUAUACUUGGGUAGAUGAUGAUAUUGGUUAUGUUCAAGGGAUGAAUGAUAUAUGUUCCCCUAUGGUUAUUCUUUUGGGGGAGGAAGCAGAUGCGUUUUGGUGUUUUGAGCAUGCAAUGCGAAGAGUGAGGGAAAAUUUCAGGUCUGAUGCAACUUCUAUGGGAGUGCAAGCACAACUCGGCAUCCUUUCACAAGUUAUGAGAGUUAUCGAUCCAAAGCUUCAUCAACACCUUGAGGGCUUGGACGGUGGAGAAUAUUUGUUUGCAAUUCGUAUGCUAAUGGUACUUUUCCGGAGGGAAUUUUCCUUUGUAGAUGCUUUGUAUUUGUGGGAGGUUAUGUGGGCCAUGGAGUACAAUCCGAACAUGUUUGCUGAUUAUGCUUCAAAUGGUUCACAUGAAGUUGUAGCUACAAAAUUAAGCAAGAAAGUACUUCAACAGUACGGAAAAUAUGAGCGGAAAAACGUGAAGACUGGACGGACAGACCAAAAAAGUCUUCUUGCUGUUUUCUUGGUUGCGGGUGUUCUAGAGACCAAAAACAAGAAACUCUUGAACGAGGCUAAGGGCCUAGAUGAUGUUGCGCAGAUCAUGGGCGACAUCACCGGAAGCUUGGAUGCUAAGAAAGCGUUGACGGAAGCACUGAAAAUUCACAAAAAGUACCUAAACAAGGCGAGGAAAGAUGAAAGCUAAGUUACAUCUUCAUGCUAAAAAGAGUCCAGCCAGCUAUGUCAAGAAUUCUUUUAUCGUAAUGUGAUUCUCGACCUCUCCGUCCGUUAGAUCUUUGGUUGGUGCUACGUUUUCAUCGAGUUAGCAUACGAUAGUGGGACCCACAUGUGGGAUCAUGGUCCCAUUGUGUUCGCUAGUAGUGGUUACAGUACCCGUAGAUUGGGUUCGCGAGGAUCGGGUGUAAUACAUGUUGCAGCAUUUCAAAACUGAAUUGAGUGAAGAUGGUGUAUUGUAAAGGAGUUUGUGUAAUUCUUUGUAUGGUUGUAUCAUUAUGUUACAGUUUAAAUGGAUGAAUUAUGGAAACUGUGGAUACUGAAAUAGAAGUAAAGUUUGCGUGCA